UUACGUUAGUGUCGUUGCGUCCCGGUGGUUUUACGACAGCUCUCGUUUCUGGUACAAGAACCACUUUACGGCAGAACGCUUGUCCACAUGGCCUGCUCUUAAACGGGAGCUGAGCGUGUGUUCGUCCCGAGUGAACCCGUCUGGAAGAACACGGCUAAGAACCACGUUGCGUGCGCACUUUGCACUUUCAGGGCUGAAAUGGGUAAAAGUAAAACGACGAAGUUCAAGCGGCCGCAGUUCAGCGCGGCCGGGUUACCGGCCCGAGAGGCCGAGGAGGAGCAGCCCGCGGAGGAGAGCUGCCCGGCGGCGGAGCUGCUGGAGAAACUGCAGAGUCCCAGUGCCGACGUGAGAGAGUUUGCCUGCGCCAGCAUCUCCCGGGUGGUGCAGCAGAGUCAGACCAUCCCGGUGUUCCUCCAGAGGGACGCGGUGCGGCGCCUCGGGCCCAUGCUGCUGGACAACAGCCUGGCGGUCAGGGAGACCGCCGCAGGGGCGCUCAGGAACCUGAGUGUGUGUGGCGGUCAGGAGGCGUGUGAGGACAUGGUGAAGCACGACGUCAUGACUCCUCUGACGGCGCUGCUGAGAGAGAGCUGUGCUGGGUUCGAGGGCGCCGCGGUGGCGAUGAAGGACCAGAAGAAUCCGGUGGAGGACGUCGCCAACGAGGCCGUGAACCUGCUGUGGAACCUCUGUGAGAGCAGCAGUCAGUCUCUGUCCGUGUUCAACAAGGCGGGUCUUCUGGAUUUGGUGGUUCAGUGUUUGGAGAGACACCCGCACAACGUGGAGCUGGCCACCUCCGCAGCCCACUGCCUGCACACGGUGACGGAGGACAACCCCGAGCUGCUGUGCGGCGUGACGGCGGCGCUGCUCGGCGCGCUGGAGGCCGUGCUGCUGACCCCGCAGGGCGACAUGGCGCACACGCUCCUCCGGACGCUGGCUGCAGGCACGCUGUGGAACAUGAAGGGCAGUCUGCCCGCGGCCCGCCAGGCCCAGACCCUCGGCGCCGUGGUGGCCACCUUGUCUCGGUGCCUGGACCUGGACCCCGGGACCCUGAUCCCUGAACUCAGACGGGCAGAAGAGCUCCGGCUCAGCAGCUCGCCGCCGGCCGCGGCCGACGGGGACGACCUGCAGGCGGCAGGAGAGCUCGCUGUGGCGGAGAUGGAGGAGGAGGAGGAGGAGGAGGAGGCGCCCAAACGCAACAGGAAUGGAAAGAAGGCGAAGGUCGACAACGACUUCUCUGACCUGCUGCCUCGGGACAAGGAGGAGCUGAAGGAGGCGGCCUCCUUGCUGACGGCCCAGCAGACGUCCCUGGAGAUCAUCGUCAACAUGUGCUGCUCUGACGACCCUUCGGACGACGAGUGGGAGGAGGAGUCGAGCAGCGACGACAGCGAGCUGUGUGCGGAGGGCGUGUCCGGCCUCCUGUCUCCUCUGUGUCUGUCGGCCGAGGUUCACGAGGCCCUCAUCCACCACGGCGUCCCCCAACAGGUCCUGAAGAAGACGGAGUUCCCCAGGAAGGAGGCGCUGGACGUGUGCCAGCAGGUUCCCUCCUGGAGAGGCCUGCUGAAGAAGGUGCAGCGGGUUCAGUCCCGGGCGUUGACGUGCCUCCACAGCAUCCUCUCCACCAUGGAGGCUGAGGCUCUGGGCGGAGCGGCCGCCCUGCAGGCCACAGCGCAGCAUCUCUCCACGCUGGUGUUUGGAGCAGCAGAGAUACCCAAAGACGAGGAGUUCCUGGAGGCCGUCGUCAGCGCCAUGCGGUCCCUCCUCCAGAUGAUCGCCUCCCAGAACAUCCCCCAGGUACACAGCUCCUCCCAGAACAUCCCCCAGGUACGCAGCUCCUCCCAGAACAUCCCCCAGGUACGCAGCUCCUCCCAGAACAUCCCCCAGGUACGCAGCUCCUCCCAGAACAUCCCCCAGGUACGCAGCUCCUCCCAGAACACCCCCCAGGUACGCAGCUCCUCCCAGAACAUCCCCCAGUGCAUGACCCCCCUGCAGCUCAUGAGUCUGAGUGACGCUGCGACUCGCUGUGACGUCGUCAGCGUGAGAGUCAACGCCGUCGCCAUCUUGGGCAUCACAGGCAGCACGCUGGCCAAAGAGAAGGGGACGGCCCCCACCCUCCAGAUGAUCGGGAACGCUUUGCUUCGAGUCGCCAGCGAGGACGCCCACCUGGUGGUGAGCGGCGAGGCGCUGGACGCCCUGCUGGACGUGUUCGCCGACGGAGACGAGGCGGAGGCGGCGUGCCGCCACAUCGGGCUGCUGCAGGCGCUGAAGGCCCUGCAGCCGGCGUUCAAGGCCAAGAUCCGUAAAGAAGGACGAGGCCGGUGCAGCGGCCAGCAGCUGUGUGUGCUGGACAACAUCAGAGUCAACCUGAGGAGGUUCAUCGGCUACCUGGAGAAGCUGGAGAAGAAGAACUAGAGGAGGGCGGAGCCUCGACCGGGUCACUUAUUUAUUUCAUCUGGUGGUUUAACUUUUGUUUUUGCUCGAUUUUCAAAGUUUGUGUUCUCUAAAUAAUGAUUUUGUGUUCUUGAGGACGUGAAGUUUUAUUUGUUGUAGAGAGUCAGAUAUUAAUUACUGCCAGUGGCAGGAAAAUGUCUUUUUUUACUCACUUAAUUGAUCGAUAUGCUUAAUUUACCCCAAAUGGUUGUUAGACUUGGAUUUGCAUAAUUCAGCAGCUUCAGAUACGAUCCGUUCUCUCAACUCGGCCCAACGUGGAUGUUUGAGUUCUACUUGCUGAGGUGGAGCGGUAGUACCUCACCGGCCCUUUAGGAGGACUGGAUGGAAAAGACAAGAUUCCUCUUCAUGGAUUUUGAAUAAUGGAAUCAUAAGAAAUCGCCUUAACUUACUUUAGUGUCAGGAACCUUCCCUGCCGUGGUUGUGAUAAGACUUAAAUAUAUUAGGACAGACAUAUUUGCCUUAAUAAAUAUGCACAUAUUCUUUACCCCUCUACUUCCCACCGGCUGCAUUAAUUGUGGUGACUUGCGGUGUUUUACUUCUGCAAGUCACGCAGACACUUCUACUUUCUACUGAAAGUAUUCUAGUUGGAAAAUAGAGUUUGACUUACACUAAUAAUUGAGAUUACUUUUCUACAACGGUGCAGGUUUGAAAUGUGUAAAUCCAGGAUAGUGAGGAUUCCUCUGUAGUGUAUCAUGCUUUGAGUGGAACAAGUCAACAAGCGCUAUAUAAGUUUGUAUUAUUAACUUAUCGGCAGUAAGUUGUACAGAUGAACGAUGACUCGCACCCACACGCGCCAUUUAAUUUAAAUGAAAAUGUCUAAAUAAACUGAGAUCGUGUGUUGCAAGAGGCAGGCGGCGUCUCUGGGUUCCCACGACUGUUCAGGUGAAUGUGGAUCACAUCGCAUGGAAUUAAGAACAAUUCCAAGAUUUAAGGGAGAUUAUGUGCUGUGAAUAAAGGCCUUCUAAAAAAAUAAAUACAGAUUUUUUCCCAGGA